AUGAACGAGAAUCUGUUCAGAAAAAGACUUUUUGCAAGUGGGUGAAUUCUCAUCUUGUUAGAGCCAACUGUCGAAUCACAGAUUUGUACCUCGAUCUUAGAGAUGGCAAGAUGUUGAUUAAGUUACUGGAAAUCCUCUCUGGAGAGCGUCUUCCAAGGCCAACAAAAGGAAAAAUGCGCAUUCACUGUUUAGAAAAUGUGGACAAAGCCCUUCAGUUCUUAAGAGAGCAGAGAGUUCACCUAGAGAACCUUGGAUCACAUGAUAUUGUAGAUGGCAGUGCAAGGCUCACCCUUGGCCUCAUAUGGACUAUCAUUUUGAGGUUCCAGAUUCAAGAUAUAACUAUUGAAGAAGUUGACAAUCAAGAAACACGGUCAGCAAAGGAUGCUUUGUUGUUGUGGUGCCAGAUGAAAACAGCAGGAUAUCCUAAUGUAAACAUACGUAACUUCACUACUAGCUGGAGGGAUGGAUUGGCUUUUAAUGCUCUCAUUCACAAACAUAGGCCAGACCUAAUCCAGUAUGAAAGACUCUCCAGAUCAAAUGCCACCUAUAACCUCAACAAUGCUUUCAAUGUAGCAGAACAGAAAUUGGGUCUUACUAAACUAUUAGAUCCAGAAGAUGUAUAUGUGGACUGUCCUGAUGAGAAAUCCAUCAUCACUUAUGUUGUCACCUAUUACCAUUACUUUUCCAAAAUGAAGGCAGAGACUGUUCAAGGAAGAAGAAUUGGGAAGGUUGUUGGAGAAGCAAUGGAAAAUGACAGAAUGGCUCAUGAAUAUGAAACCUUAACUUCAGACUUGCUUCAGUGGAUUGAACAUACUAUUGCUGCCCUAUCGGACAGACAUUUCGCAAAUUCUUUGGUUGGAGUACAGCAACAAAUGACUUCAUUUAACACAUACAGGACAGUGGAGAAACCACCAAAGUUUAUUGAAAAAGGUGACCUUGAGGUACUUCUGUUUACUCUGCAAAGCAAAAUGAGAGCAAAUAACCAAAAGCCAUAUUUUCCAAAGGAAGGAAAGAUGAUCUCUGACAUAAACAAAGCUUGGGAGAAACUGGAGAAAGCAGAACACGAACGAGAGUUGGCUUUACGAGAAGAACUAAUAAGGCAAGAGAAACUGGAGCAGUUAGCUGCACGUUUUGAUCGUAAAGCUGGAAUGCGAGAAACUUGGCUCAGCGAGAAUCAGAGACUUGUAUCACAAGACAAUUUUGGAUUUGAUCUUGCAUCUGUAGAAGCAGCAGCUAAAAAACAUGAAGCUAUUGAAACAGACAUUUAUGCAUAUGAGGAAAGAGUUCAAGCUGUUGUUGCUGUGGCCCAAGAACUAGAAGCUGAAAACUAUCAUGAUAUUGAUCGCAUUAAUGCCAGGAAAGACAACGUCCUCCGUCUGUGGAACUACCUGCUUGAGUUACUGAGAUCUCGAAGGGGAAGGCUUGAAUUAUCAAUCUCAUUACAACAGACAUUCCAAGAAAUGAUCUACAUUCUUGACUCAAUGGAAGAGAUAAAGGCACGAUUAUUGACAGAUGAUUUUGGGAAGCAUCUUAUGGGUGUUGAAGAUUUGCUCCAGAAACACAGCUUAGUAGAAGCAGAUAUCAACGUACUUGGAGAGAGAGUGAAGGCAGUUGUACAACAUGUGCAGCAGUUCAUUUUUGAGGACCCUAAAGGAGGUUAUCAACCAUGUGAACCCCAAGUUGUAAAAGACAGGAUCCAUCAACUUGAAGCUGCAUACUCUGAGCUAGUUCAGCUAGCUCUAGAGAGGCGUAAUAAGUUGGAGGAAUCAAGAAAACUCUGGCAAUUCUACUGGGAAAUGACAGAUGAAGAAGCUUGGAUAAAGGAAAAAGAACAAAUUUUGUCUCAAGGAGACAUUGGACACGAUCUUACAACUGUUCAGCUCCUCAUUAGUAAAAAUAAGGCACUAGAAGAUGAGAUUUUAGUCCAUGAACAGCAGUUACGAGGGGUUAUCCAGAUUGGAGAAGACUUGAUUACUGCUCAUCACUUUGGCUCAAGCAGCAUCAAGAACCGUAUUGAGGAUAUCCAGGGUAUGUGGGAACACUUAAAAAAUCUUCAAGCACUACGUACAAAGCGACUCAAUGAAGCAGUGGAUUACCAUCAGUUCUUUGCUGAUGCUGAUGAUGUGGACACAUGGAUGUUGGACAGCUUGCGUCUGGUUUCUAGUGAAGAUGUUGGAAGAGAUGAAGCCAAUGUACAGUCCUUGCUAAAGAAACAUAAGGAUGUGACAGAUGAACUAAAAAAUUUCUCCAACACCAUUGAUAUGUUACACGAACAAGCCAACAACCUUGGUGAACAGGACCGAGAAGCACCUGAAGUUCUAGAACGUCUGGCCAGUAUUGACAGAAGAUACAAAGAACUUCUUGACUUAGCAAAACUUCGCAAGCAGCGUUUGCUUGAUGCCUUGUCCUUGUAUAAGUUAUUUAAUGAGGCUGAUGGUGUGGAACAGUGGAUUGAGGAGAAGGAGAAGAUGCUUGAUAGCAUGGUCAUGAGUCGUGACAUGGAGGACAUUGAGGUGAUGAAACAUCGUUUCGAGGGAUUUGAACAAGAGAUGAAUUCCAAUGCCUCUAGAGUUGCUGUAGUUAAUCAGCUAGCAAGACAACUUCUUCAUGUUGAACAUCCUAAUUCUGAGGAAAUAACAGCAAGGCAGAACCAGCUUAAUCACAAAUGGGCUGCACUGUCUGAAAAGGCUGAUCACAAACGGGAGGAGAUCAACUUGGCUCAUGGAGUUCAAACUUUCCAUAUUGAAUGUAGAGAAACAAUUAGCUGGAUUGAAGAGAAGACUAAGCUCCUGCAGGCUACAGAGGAAUUGGGUAAUGAUCUUACAGGCAUCAUGACACUUCAGAGACGACUAAGUGGAAUGGAAAGGGAUUUGGCUGCCAUUCAAGCCAAGUUGGACUCGCUGGAAAAAGAAGCAGAGAAUAUUCAAAAAGAUAAUCCUGAGGAAGCCGAGUCUAUUCGUGAAAGGAUUGUCCAGAUCAAAGAAGUUUGGGAAAAUCUUACACAUUUGCUUAAAGAUCGUGACUCCAAGUUGGAAGAGGCUGGAGACUUGCAUCGUUUCCUCCGUGACCUGGACCACUUCCAAGCUUGGCUUACAAAGACUCAAACAGAUGUGGCAUCUGAAGACAUUCCCUCAAACCUGGCAGAGGCUGAGAAGCUACUGAGCCAGCACCAACAGAUUAAGGAAGAGAUUGAUAAUUACACAGAAGACUAUAAAAACAUGAUGGAUUAUGGAGAGCAAAUCACUCAAGAUCAGACUGAUCCACAGUACAUGUUCUUGCGUGAGCGUCUACGAGCUCUACAGGAUGGGUGGACAGAACUUCAGAAGAUGUGGGAAAAUAGACAGCAGCUGUUGUCCCAGAGUUUGAACCUCCAGAUGUGCAUGAGGGAUGGCAAACAGGCAGAAGUACUUCUUAACCAACAAGAACAUUACCUCUUCAAGGAUGAAACUCCUACCAGUCUUGAGCAGGCUGAGAAUAUGAUUAAAGAUCAUGAGGCUUUCUUGACCACAAUGGAAGCCAAUGAUGAGAAAAUUAACUCUGUUAUCCAGUUUUCUCAACGCUUAUGCGAUGAAGGUCAUUUUGCUGCAGAUAAAAUACACAAAAAAGCUGAAAAUAUUGCUGAAAGACGAACUGCUAAUCGUGACAGAGCCAAUGAACAAAUGGAGAAACUUAAAGAUCAACUACAACUUCAUCAAUUUCUCCAAAACUGUGAUGAGUUAUCAGACUGGAUGCAGGAGAAGUACAUUAUUGCCCAAGAUGAGUCUUACCGAAGUGCUAAAACUGUACACAGCAAGUGGACUCGCCACCAAGCCUUUGAAGCUGAGCUUGCAUCUAACAAGCAUCGAUUACUUAAAGUUGAUGAGACUGGCCGAGAGCUGAUAGCUGAAAAACCUGAAAUGAAAGAAACUAUUGAACCAAGACUCAAUGAAUUGGCCCAACAGUUUGAAGCAUUAGAGAAGAUAACUGAAGAAAAAGGCCAGAAACUCUUUGAUGCUAAUCGACAAGUUUUAUAUGAACAGACCUGUGAUGAUAUUGAUGGUUGGAUUACAGAACUGGAGAACCAAGUUCUUACAGCAGAGACUGGUCAAGAUUUAACUAGUGUUAACUUAAUUCUGCAGAAGCAGCAGAUGAUAGAGACACAGAUGGCAAUGAAAGAAAAGCAAGUUUCAGAAAUUAAAGACCAGGCUGCAUAUCUUGAGAAAAUGGAUCCAGACAAAAUAGAGGAAGUCACAGCUAAAAAGCAAUAUGUGGAAAACAGAUUCCAGAAACUCCAAGCUCCAUUGCUUGAAAGGAAAGAACAACUCCUUAAGAAGAAAGAAGCCUACCAGUUCCGCAGGGAUGUGGAGGAUGAGAAAUUAUGGAUUCAAGAAAAGAUGCCAUUAGCUACUUCCUCCGAUUAUGGAAAUAGUUUGUUUGGUGUACUAAUGCUCAAAAAGAAGCAUCAGUCUCUCCGCACAGAAAUUGACAAUCAUGAGCCACGAAUAAUGAACAUAUGUGACAAUGGAGAUAAACUUAUAAAUGAAGGUCAUGAAGAUUCUGAAGAAUUUAAGAAACUUAUUGAAGAACUUCUGUCUUUGUGGGAGGAACUUAAGAAUGCCACUGACAACCGAAAGAAAAAAUUGGAUGAGUCUGAAAAAGCACACCAGUACUACUUUGAUGCCUCUGAGGCUGAAGCCUGGAUGAGUGAACAGGAAUUAUAUAUGAUGGUAGAAGACCGUGGUAAAGAUGAAUUUAGUGCACAGAAUCUCAUGAAGAAACACCAGUCUCUGGAGAAUGAGGUAGAAGAUUAUGCUGAAACAGUUCGACAGCUUGGUGAGACUGCUAAAGAACUAAUUGCAGAAGGUCAUCCUGAGAGUGAUGUCAUAGCUGUUCGACAGUCGCAGGUAGACAAACUUUAUGCAGGAUUGAAAGACCUUGCUUUAGAACGACGUGGCAAACUUGAUGAAGCCUUGAAACUUUUCUCUCUCAACCGAGAAGUGGAUGAUCUAAUGCAGUGGAUAGCUGAAAGAGAAGUAGUUGCAGGCUCUCAUGAACUAGGCCAAGACUAUGACCAUGUGACAAUGCUGCGUGACAGAUUCAAGGAGUUUGCUAGAGACACUGAGGUAAUUGGUACAGAGCGUGUGACAAAUGCAAAUGAGAAUGCUGACCACCUGAUCAACAUUGGUCAUUCAGACAGUGCAACCAUUGCCGAAUGGAAAGAUACACUUAAUGAAGCCUGGGCAGACCUGUUGGAACUCAUUGAUACUCGAACACAGAUGUUGGCUGCAUCCUGGCGAUUACACAGAUUUUUCCAUGACUGUAAAGAUGUUUAUGCUCGCAUUCUGGAAAAACAAAAUGCUCUCUCUGAUGAACUUGGUAGAGACGCUGUUAGUGUUUCACAUCUCCAGCGGAAACAUGGCAGUUUUGAACACGAUUUACAGACACUAGAGAUAGCUGUCCAGCAAAUCAAAGAUGAAUCUGCAGAUCUUCAAACUGCUUAUGCUGGUGACAAAGCUAUGGAAAUCACAAGCAGAGAGGGUGAUGUAGUAAAUGCCUGGCUUGUACUGUUGUCCAUGUGUGAAAACAGAAGAGUGAAACUUGCCGAUACUGGAGAUCUCUUCAGAUUUCUCAAUAUGGUUCGAGACCUCAUGUUAUGGAUGGAUGAUGUCAUCAGACAGAUGAAUACAUCAGAAAAACCAAGAGAUGUAUCUGGUGUGGAACUGCUAAUGAACAACCAUCAGAGUCUGAAAGCAGAGAUAGAUGCUAGAGAAGAUAACAUCUCUGUCUGCAUCAACUUGGGGAAGGAACUUCUUUCUAGGAAUCAUUAUGCAUCAGCUGAAAUUAAAGAAAAAUUGUUAACCCUAACAAACCAGAAGACCUCCAUGAUGGAAAGGUGGGAAGAACGAUGGGAACACCUACAGCUGAUUCUGGAAGUGUACCAGUUUGCAAGAGAUGCAACUGUGGCAGAGACUUGGUUAAUAGCACAGGAACCUUACCUUCUGAGCCAGGAACUAGGGCAUACAAUUGAUGAAGUUGAACAGCUGAUUAAGAAACAUGAAGCAUUUGAAAAAUCUGCAACUGCCCAAGAAGAAAGAUUUUCAGCAUUAGAAAGACUAACAACAUUUGAAUUAAAAGAGUACAAAAAACGAGAAGAGGAAGAAGCUGAAAGGAGAAGACAAGAAGAAUUAGCCAGACAAGCACCACCAGAACCUGUAGUUGAAGAAAUUAUUACUGGGGAUAGAGUUGAUGGCCAACCUUCACCUGUCGAAGAUAAAGAGCAGGCAGUAGUGAAUGGUGAACAAGAACUAGUAGAAGAGGGAAAACCAGAAGCCAUAUCAGAACCUGUUUUACCUUCAACUGAGUCCCGAUCUGCUCCGUCAAAGAAAUCUAGUCCUGUUUCUGCUCCUUCAGAAGAAGAUACUCAGUUUGAAGGAUUACUCGUGAGGAAACAUGAAUGGGAGUCCACUACAAAGAAAGCAACCAAUAGGUCUUGGGAUAAGAUCUACUUGGUUCUUCGUGGAAGUAUGUUGUUAGCCUAUAAAGAUCAGAAACAUUACAAACAGGAACCAGAAUUCUAUUUCCGCAAUGAGUCCCCAAUUGACCUUAGGGGAGCCACUGUUGAAGUAGCUUCAGAUUAUACCAAGAAGAAACAUGUUUUCAGGCUAAAGUUAUCUGCUGGUGGUGAAUAUCUCUUUCAAGGAAAGGAUGAUGAUGAAAUGAAUAGCUGGAUUCAGAAACUUCAAGUUGCAUUAACAGAGGCUGAUGGCUCAGCAGGCCCCUCCCGCUCCCAGACCCUUCCUGCAAAGGCUGAAGGAGAGCGCAAGGAUGAACAUAAACGUCGCAGCUUCUUUACUUUGAAGAAAAACUAGAAGUGGGAGCUCGACGUAGUUGGAAGGAAAGCAGUAUAAUGAAGCAGCAAGGAGCCCAGGUCUAUUAGCUUUUAACAUAAAAUAAAGACUUGUGUAGAUUUAUUUUUCUUGGUUUGAAAAGUUUUUAUAUGCAUAUUAAGUUUGUGGAAUUAUGCUUUUCUUUUGAUUACUGUUUAGAUUCAAGAUGACAGAGUUAAAAAGACUGGUUAAUUGGUUUUUAGUUAGAAAAUAUAUGUGCUUGUGUUUAAAAUGAGAUUUUGUUUUUAAACUUAAUAUUUGUUUAAUAAUGUGUUAGCUUUCUUUUUUUUCUUUUUUUUCUUUAACCAACUGAUGAAAACUCGAGGUCUUAGGAAUAUUCCACACUGGUCUUGGGAGCAAGCACUUUCUUUUGUAACUUUUUAAGUUAUGUCGUAUCUUUAUCUAUAUACAGUUAUAUAUAUAAGGUAUUUAAAAUUGAUUGUUGACAAGCACAGACAUAUGCUGUGAGUAUUCCAUUUUCAAUUCACAUGCUUUGUCAAGUUCCAUUUCUUCCUAUCAGAUUUAUUUAAAUUUUAGAAACAAUUUUAAAAUUAAGAAAUGCUACAAAUGGGUGAUCUUUUUACAAGUCUAAUGUUGAAAAAAAAGUUCAUAUCUGAUAAAUUCCAUUUUUAGUUUUAGAUGUGUUUCCUAAAGUAAUGUUUGUCAUUUCAACUUGUAGACAUUUCUAGAAAAACUACUCUAAAGUAUUGUGAGCAGCUCUGAAAACUGGAGAAUAAUAAAAUGUUUAGAUCCAUUUGUAUGUG